AUGAUUAACAUAUUAUUAUUGGUUAUGUGUUUGGUGACCAUUAUUACUGGUCAGACAGAUCAUGGUAUGCAGAGAGUGUCGAAAGAAGAAGAUUUGGAAUUAGAGAGGCAACUACACAUCAUUAACAAGCCUCCUAUAAAGAGUAUUCAUACUAAGUCAGGAUACAUAAUUGAUUGUGUUGACAUUAAUAAACAACCGGCUUUUGAUCAUCCUUUAUUAAAAAAUCACAAAUUACAGAGAAAACCAAUUUUUGAAGAAAAGGUCAUAGAAACUAGAAUACAGAAUUCACCAAUCAAGCCUAAGUCUAUACUCAUACUUGAGAAAUUUAACUGUCCCAAAGGAACAGUUCCUAUUCGAAGGACAACAAAAUAUGAUUUAAUUAAAAAAAAAUCUUUAUUCAAUGGUUAUAAUCUAACUCAGAAUGACUCUAUUAAUCAUUUUGCUCGUGUGUAUCUUUCAAUAGUUGGUUCUCCUUAUUAUGGAGUUAGUGGAACUAGUAGUGUUUGGAAUCCAAAAGUUUAUAAAGGCCAAUCAAGUUCAAGUAAUUUAUAUGUUCAAAAAGGAUAUGGAGAUAAUUAUAACAAAGUAUCAGUUGGAUGGCACGUGUUCCCAGAAUUAUAUAAUGACAAUCAAACACACUUAUUUUCCUAUUGGACGUCAGGUAAGAAUGGAUGCUUUGAUAUGUUGUGUAAGGGUUUCGUUCAAGUUGACAAAUCAUACACCUUUGGUACACGUGUAUCUACAACUUCUACAUAUGGAGGAAAGAUUAUUGAAGCGCCAUUUCAAAUUUCUCAGGAUAAUGUAAAAAAUUGGUGGUUAAAAGUAGUAGACAAGGAUAUUGGGUAUUUUCCUGCAGCUUUAUUCUCCAACUUGAACGGAGCUGAUCAAGUAGGAUUUGGUGGAUAUACUGUAACCCCUGCUGGUACUGCUAGCCCUGCAAUGGGUUCUGGACACAAACCUGAUAAAGACUUCACACAUGCAUCUUAUUUUAGAUUUGUAAAACAACUAGAUAUAGUUAGAAAUCCUUUUGAUCCUCUACCAUUUGAAGUACAAAGUUACAAUGAUGCUCCUAAUUGCUAUGGAGUUAUGAACUAUGAAGAUAAAAUAAAGGGUGAAGGUUAUUCUAUUCAAUUUGGAGGACCGGGUGGUAAAUGUAGUACUUAA